UCACACAAACCUGUUUGGAGGUAGGAGUGGUGCUGCUGGGGUUCCUUCCCUGGUGACACCCUAGAACUUGGAGAGUUUGUCAACUACCAUACUAGGAACCUGUAAUUAGAUAUAUUUCUCAGUGACUCCCCCGAUUGCGCUCUCAAACCGGCUCUCCGAUCAGAAUCUCCUGAGACGUUUCGUCUGACAUAGUAACUUCGGUUGUAGCCUUUUUUUUUCCCGUCGUGGUCGGUAGAACGGUAUUUCAGUGGUUGAAGCAAUCCUUCUCAACCUUCUUGGCCUUCCAUGGCGGCGCCAUUCUUCCAACAGAUCCGCGUAGAUUCCGGCGAUUAUCAACCCGGCGUUGCGGAAAAUCACCGCAUGAUGCUGAGUCAGCAGCCGUAUCCUCCGCAUCAGCUGCAUCCUCCGCCUUUCCAGGCGCUGGCGCCGCAUCAUCCGCUGAUGUCAGAAAACACGGUUCCUUCGCAAGCCGGCCCGCAGAACACGACGCAAGUAAUGAUGAAUCUAAACCAGUCGAUUGCCAAUCUCACGUCAGGAGGAUGCGGUUUCGUGCCUGGUGUCCCGUCUGGUGCUGCUCCUGGUGCUGCUCCUGGUGAUCUCGGCUUAUCUUCCUCCCCAGGAGCCCUGAUGAACGCCCUCAAUCUGCUUCAGCAAAACAUCGGCGCGCUUCAGUCGCUCAUCCCGCUGAUGGCGCAGCAGCAGCAGCAGCAGCCCGUGGACAGCGCUCACGCCGCGCACCUCAAGCAGCAGCAAGCAGCCGCGUCGGCCGGCGUCGCGUCCGUCAUCUCCCAGCUCGCCCUCGCCGCAGCCAACAUCCUUCCCCAGAUGGGCCUCUCCCCCCCCGCUAAUGUCACACCCUCGACCGCUCCGCCAUCCGCUAUUAUCCCAUCCGUUGGUGUCGCAUCCGGUUACCUUCAGGCCGGGUUCUCCCAGCCCGAAAAUCUCCAAUCCGCCGUCGCGAUACGUCAGCAGCCAUGGCAGCAACAACAACAGUUAAUCCCCGAGCAGCAGCAGCAGCAGCUCACGCAGGGAACUGCAGUCGGAUUCGGCUCCCAUGCUUUUGGCUUUCAAAUGUUGGAAUGUGAGAAGGCUCAGAACCCUGAAGACAGUGCAGGCGCUCAGCUGCACCUGGGGCUUGCUUCCGUGACUCCUGCUGCGCCCGAGUCGCUCAAGAUGCAGCAAGAACAGCAGCAUCACUUUCAGCCGCAGCCGCAGCAGCAGCAGCAGCAGCAGCCGAAGCAGUCGAGCCCCGUCUUUGCGCCAUCGCCCACCGUUUCUCCCGGCGGCGACACGGCAGCCCUACCAGUAGCAAAGUCGCAGCUGCCGCUGAAGCGGAAGAACCCCGACCCCGUGACGUCGCAAGCUGCUUUCGACGCGCCCCUAAACGGCACGCCGGUGACCACCCCAGCUGCCGAUGACGACGACGACGACGGCGAGCCGUUCGCUGAGGGCGAGUUCGACAUCGUUCAGAUGGACCCCGUGGAGCUGCUGGCGGAGCACACCCACUUCUGCGAGAUUUGCGGCAAAGGGUUCAAGCGUGAUGCCAACCUCCGCAUGCACAUGAGGGGCCAUGGCGACGAGUACAAGACGCCCGAAGCCCUCUCCCGCCCCGACAAGACCAACAGCCUCUCCCCAACCGGCGCCGAGAAAGCAGUAAAACCCGUCCGUUACAGCUGUCCGUUUGCUGGGUGCAAGCGCAACCGGCAGCACCGGCGGUUUCUCCCGCUGAAGACGAUGCUGUGUGUGAAGAACCACUACCGGCGCACGCACUGCCCCAAGAUGCUGGCGUGCUCCAAGUGCGGUGCAAAGCGGUUCUCGGUGGUGGCGGACCUGAAGACUCACGAGAAGCACUGCGGGCGCGACCGCUGGCUGUGCUCCUGCGGCACGUCCUUCAGCCGCAAGGACAAGCUCGCCGGCCACCUCGCGCUCUUCAAGGGCCACCGCCCCGCCAACCCCACCCUCACCGUCGUCGACGAUGCUGCUGCUGGGGCGGGUGCUAUUGCUGGGCCGUCUGGUGCGGCGCCGCCUGUUGCAGGAUUCAAGAACCAGCCACAGCAGCAGGGGCAGCGGCGGCAGGCAGCGUUCUUGGCAGUGACUGCAGCCGCUGCUGGGAGGGCUGGGGUUGCCCCAGAAACGAGUGCCGCUGGCAGCAGCUGUGGGGAGGGAGGGGUUGCAGGGGGGCCGGGUGGGGUGCGGGGUGGAGGGCAGGACAGGGAGUGUGCGUUGUCGAGCUUCAACCUGAAUGCCUGCACACAGCCGCAUAAGGGCCCAGAGGAGGAGAGGGAGGUGAUGGUCUACAGCCACCCGUCGGAGCACCAACCGGGGCAGCGGUCUCUCGCGGACCUUGUCACUGCCGACCUGCUGGGCUCAGCUGAGAAGGCUGCCCGCCUGGUGCUGUGAGUGUGCCAUGCCAGUGUGCAGGUGACUGUGACAUGACAAGCCGUGCGCUCUUACCCUGCUGGGUUCAGCUGAGAAGGCAGCACGCCUCGCCUGGCGCUGUGAACCAUCUUCGAGCGGGAUUGCAAACCACAGUGCACAUCACCGCUUGUCUGUGCUACUGCUCGCUUCCCGAUCUGGUGUUUGAUGGCUCGCUAUGUAGAUGGCUCGCACUGUAGAUGGCUUGCACUGUAGAUGGCUCGUGAUCAGUGAAUAAGGACCCAUGUGUUGCUCGCUAACAUCUCUGCCUUGUGUUGUGUGUCCUUACCGGCACUUGUUGUGCCGCUUAUAUAUAGUUGCGUAGUGCCCAUAUAGGGCACAGUGUUGUGUUGCUCUUCUCUAAAGCUGCAUUUUGCCUU